AUGGUUAAAAACUCCUGUCCUGAAAUGCAAAAGGCCUUUUGGGAUGAAAGGGAAGAUGGAAAAACGUUCGGCUACGGCUCGAAACAGCAAGGCGCAGGACAGAGAAGAAGUGGGAAAAGUAGCAGGGAAAAAUGGAGUAAUAAUAAUAAUCAGAAGCUUGAUCCUAGACAAAAGAGCUUUACCCCUCAAGAAGAAGAUUUGGUUAUACAGCUUCAUGCAGCAAUAGGGAGCAGGUGGCCCAUAAUAGCCCAACAACUCCCCGGAAAAACCGAUAGCGACAUAAAAAUCUUAUGGAACUCCAAAUUGCGAAAAAAGCUCUCGGCAAUGGGAAUCGAUCCCGUGACUCACAAGCCAUUUUCCCAAAUCCUUGCAGACUACGGCAACAUAGGCGCUUUCCCCAAGGCUCGGAGUACCCAUUUUAGCUCCCUAUCGAAGGACCUAAAAAAACCCGCAAUCAUUUUCAACAAAAGUACCGAACAAUUCCAAAAAUGCCCUCAAACUCUCAUUCCAACUCAUUUCUCAUCAUCAUCAUCAUCAUCAUCGUCUUCACCUCCGAUCGAUCUCUACUCCCAACUUCAAGCUGUGAAUUUUAUCACCGAGGCUUCGAACUACACAAAAACCGAAAACAAUACCGCGAAAGAGUGCGAAAGUUAUUCGGGCUUUAGUUGGGGUGAUUUUUUUCUCGAGGAACCCUUCUCGGGCCAAGAAGCGGACGGACAAGAGAACAGAGGGGCAUUUUUGGAAAUUGACAAAAAUGUCGAGGGGAAGGGAAAAUGUGGAGCCGUCGAGGAUAAAAAUGUCGGUUUUUUUGAAGGGCCUUCGAGCUCGAAGUCUUUCGUGGAUGCCAUGCUGGAAAACCAGGAUGCCAUGUUUUCUCAACUGUCUUGCUUUUAUGAGGAGCCAUUUUACUACUGA